AUGAGCUACUUAGCAUUUAUUUUAUUCAUAAUCAAUUGGAAAUAUAUAAAUUCAGCGUUGUUAUUUACUACCAACUCGGAAUAUGGUAUCUUUAUGGCCAUAUCAGUACCCUUGAUUUUGCCACAUCGCAAUGUCUUUUUGUCCUACAAUUACGAAUUUAAUUACUAUCAACCUGAACAUGUCUACAAAUAUCCACCGAUUUUGAUGGGCGACUAUGAGGAUAGUUAUUUGACAUAUCCGACAUCGGGCAGAGAAUCUUCACAUCCUAAUCAAAGUAAGAAGCUAAAGAAGAAGACCACCACCACAACCACCACAAAAGAGCCAACACGUGAGAAGCGUUCAUUGAGUUUAAUGACACGUUCGGUAUUCUAUAUAAUGAUUAAAGAUAAACUAGAUAGAUCUGGUUAUCCAGCCGAAGCGUGCCUUCUACGCAUGAUAUGCGAGACAAAUGCCUCAACAUUGGGUGAAGUGAAUGGCUUCUUGGGAAACUUAGUUCAUAUUAUCUUUACACCGAGUACUUCAAAAGAUGAACAUUUAUCACAAGAUUAUUAUCAGGCCGAAUGGAUGGGACAUCAUGGUCAAGAUUGUUCAUCAUAUAAAGAACAGUGUAGAGAAAAUGUUUUAGAUCUAAUAUCCAAACCAAUCGAAGAGUUAUUAACAAAUGUUGUAAGAAAAAAACGAAAAUAA